CUAGCCCCCUCCCGGCCCUGUCUGCUAAAGCUCGCCUUCCUCCCCGCCCCGAGUCCUUGCGCCGCUCCUCCCGGAGCGUUCCGCAUCGCUCCGGGGGCCCACGCGUGGCUCUCCGCAGCCAUUGACAGCGCCCGGCACUUCCGAGCUCCAGCGGGCGAGGGCCUGGGGCCUUCCUCCAGCCAGGGACGGCGAGGAGCGAAGAGCGGAGGCGGAGGCAGUUUUAGGCCUUCGGCCGGGUGGGCCGGGUCGGGUGAGACGCGCCCAUCAUUCGCCAUCCGGGGUGCGCACCGCCUGCCUGGGAUCCCGUGGGCGACCCGUAGCUCGGGCACGCGCCUGUCGCAUCCCGCAGGAAGGAGGGGUCCGGCCUGAGGCCCGGGGCGGCAGCCGCCAUGGAGAUCCCCUCGGCCCAGGGCCGGCGCCUGGGGCUUUGGGGGCGGCCCUGACCGCCGUCCUCCUUCCCCAGGCUGGAUCGCGGACGUGCCCCCCGCGGCACUCGGCCACCUCUGUGUCUCCGCCCUCCCGGGGCUGCGCUGCUGCCCGGGCGCGGCGGCGACGGUGCCCUGUUGAAUGGGCUGUGAGGGCCCAGGUUUGAAGCGCUGGCGAACGCGGCCUCCGGGGGCGCAAGGCAGCAGCAGCGGUGGCGACCAAACGGGUGUUGGAGUUGGCGGCGGCCAUGGAGGGCCUAGCUGGCUAUGUGUACAAGGCGGCCAGCGAGGGCAAGGUGCUGACUCUGGCCGCCUUGCUUCUCAACCGGUCUGAAAGCGACAUCCGCUAUCUGCUUGGCUAUGUCAGCCAGCAGGGAGGGCAGCGCUCCACGCCCCUCAUCAUCGCAGCCCGCAAUGGACACGCCAAGGUGGUGCGCUUGCUGUUAGAACAUUACCGGGUGCAGACUCAGCAGACUGGCACCGUCCGCUUCGACGGGUAUGUCAUUGAUGGUGCCACUGCUCUUUGGUGUGCGGCUGGAGCAGGACAUUUUGAAGUUGUUAAACUUCUAGUCAGCCAUGGAGCCAACGUGAACCAUACUACAGUAACAAACUCGACCCCCCUGCGGGCAGCAUGCUUUGAUGGCAGACUGGAUAUUGUGAAAUACUUGGUUGAAAAUAAUGCCAACAUCAGCAUUGCCAACAAGUAUGACAACACCUGCCUAAUGAUUGCAGCCUAUAAGGGACACACUGAUGUGGUCAGGUACCUUUUAGAACAACGUGCUGAUCCCAAUGCUAAAGCACAUUGUGGAGCCACAGCAUUGCACUUUGCAGCUGAAGCCGGGCACAUAGAUAUCGUGAAAGAACUGAUAAAAUGGCGUGCUGCUAUAGUAGUGAACGGCCAUGGGAUGACACCAUUGAAAGUAGCUGCCGAAAGCUGCAAAGCUGAUGUCGUUGAACUGUUACUGUCUCAUGCUGAUUGUGACCGAAGGAGUCGGAUUGAAGCUUUGGAACUCUUGGGUGCCUCCUUUGCAAAUGAUCGUGAGAACUAUGACAUCAUGAAGACAUACCAUUAUCUAUAUUUAGCGAUGCUGGAGAGGUUUCAAGAUGGUGAUAACAUUCUUGAAAAAGAGGUUCUCCCACCAAUCCAUGCUUACGGGAAUAGAACUGAAUGUAGAAAUCCUCAGGAACUGGAAUCUAUUCGGCAAGACAGAGAUGCUCUUCAUAUGGAAGGCCUUAUAGUUCGGGAACGGAUUUUAGGUGCUGACAAUAUUGAUGUUUCUCAUCCCAUUAUUUACAGGGGGGCCGUUUAUGCGGAUAACAUGGAAUUUGAACAGUGUAUCAAAUUGUGGCUCCACGCCCUGCACCUCAGGCAGAAAGGUAAUAGGAACACCCACAAGGAUCUUCUUCGAUUUGCUCAAGUUUUCUCACAGAUGAUACAUUUGAAUGAAACUGUGAAGGCCCCAGACAUAGAAUGUGUUUUGAGAUGCAGCGUCUUGGAAAUAGAACAAAGUAUGAACAGAGUAAAAAAUAUUUCUGAUGCUGAUGUCCACAAUGCUAUGGACAAUUACGAAUGUAAUCUCUAUACCUUUCUGUAUUUAGUGUGCAUCUCCACCAAAACACAGUGUAGCGAAGAAGAUCAGUGCAAAAUUAACAAGCAGAUCUACAACCUGAUCCACCUUGAUCCCAGAACUCGUGAAGGUUUCACCUUGUUGCAUCUAGCUGUCAACUCGAAUACUCCGGUUGAUGAUUUCCACACCAAUGACGUCUGCAGCUUUCCAAAUGCCCUUGUCACCAAGCUCCUGCUGGACUGUGGUGCUGAGGUGAAUGCCGUGGACAAUGAGGGCAACAGUGCCCUUCAUAUUAUCGUUCAGUACAACAGGCCCAUCAGUGAUUUUUUGACCUUGCACUCUAUCAUCAUUAGCCUAGUUGAAGCUGGCGCUCACACUGACAUGACAAACAAACAGAACAAGACUCCGCUAGACAAAAGUACAACUGGGGUAUCUGAAAUACUACUUAAAACUCAAAUGAAGAUGAGUCUCAAGUGCCUGGCUGCCCGAGCAGUUCGGGCUAAUGACAUUAACUACCAAGACCAGAUCCCCAGAACUCUUGAAGAGUUUGUUGGAUUUCAUUAAGCGACUGGAUAUGUAAAAUUGUUUAAUGUGGUGCUAAAAAGUAAAGGACUUUAAUCACAGACAAUAGAAUUAUGUGUUCAUAAAUUCUACUUCUCUUUCCACUACCCUUCCUCCCAACCCAUCCUUCCUUAGUUCUGUAUUUGGUCUUCUUGCUUCAUGUGGUAAUUGAUUUCAAACACACUUUAAACAAAACCACAUUGUUUAGGUGUAACUUUUAUCUAAGGUGUUUGGAUAUUGGUCACCUAACUAUUUGUCUUUCUUUUUUUUUAAGGAAUGAAUAUAAAAUAUUUUGUUUGUGUAUCAAGGUACUUUUAUGAUUUCAAGUUGAUAAUGUUUUAAACAGCUGCUUACAAAAGUAUUUCUGUUAAGCCUAUGUCAGUGUGUUAUCCAUGCAGCAGUUUCGAGGAUUUCAUAAAGAAGAAGAACUAAAAAGGAACAUUAAAAGUAAUGGGAUAUCCGGGUGUUCUGUACAUGCCAAACUGCCGUUGAUAGUUUUCACUCUUCCAUUAUUUAUGUGGAGUGAUACAAUGUAUUUUAACAUGGGGAGGAUUUAAAACGUAGCUGCAGGUUAAUCUGAAAAAUGUGCUAAUUUGAUAAUAGUUACAAAUUUAUAAAGUUAAAUUCAUUGUAAUUGUUGCAUUAUUCUGGAUAGUAUAUACAAAGUGGUAAUAAUCUUAAACCAAUUUUUCAAAGAAUAUUGAAUGAACUCCUUGCCUUUAGGCUUGAAUUCUUCGAAGUCUGUUUUAAUGUAAUUUACCUAAAUUGCAGCAGUCUGCAUUUGAUUCAGCUCACAGACUUAUAAAAAUCAUGAGUGCUGUUUUCUUAUGAAACAGAUUGUCACAAUGUAGUUAAACAUUCUAUUUUUGUCUCCUCUUCCCUUUCCUCCUGUGUCCUAUCUUAAAAUUUGGAAAAUACUUUUCCAGAGGGUGUUAUUUGUACCUCCCUAAUAAGGUAUUUAUGACAGAUGAAAAGGAACCAGGAUAUUUUUGAAUUUUUUCACUUUCUUUACUUAGUCUGUGACAAGAAGUAGAAAAAUCACUAGUGUGGUGUAGGAAAUUAAGUAUUUUUGAUGCUAGUAAUUCUCAAUGCCACUUGAAAGGUAUUUCUGAGAGCUGCAAAGUUUUCAACCACAAAAUGUCACUGAUUCCAACUGAUUGUACAGAGGUGUUUAUGGCUUUUUGUUUUAUUUUGUUUUGUUUUAAUGGCAACAUUUUAACUGUCAAAUGAGUAUUCUGUGAUUAUCUUUUAAGCAUCACAGAAAUUCAAGUAAAGGAUACACACCUAUUUCUAUUGAUGUUAAAAAUGAUAAUGAAAGUAAAAUUAGCUGUGUCUGUAAUUUUCUCUCUAGUGCCAAAUGAAUGCCUUAGCUACACAUAGUGCAUGGUGCUGUAAGUAAAGACUUACAGCUUUUUUUUUUCUUUAAUGGAAAGCAUUAUAAUGAUGUAGCAACAUCAGAUAUAAACUUAAAAAAACUAAUAAGAUUUAAAUUAACAUUUUAUGUAUGGAUAAUGCUUUGUAAAGUAUCUAAGAGAAAGGUUGCAGUUGGAUUAGUAUAAAAUAAUGACCAAGCCAAAAUCAGCACCUAGGGCCUUAAAUAAAAUAGAGAUACCCCACAAAAUGAAAUAUUUGAAAGUGUGGGAGGGACAGAAGGGGGGACUUUAAAAAGGUUUCCCCUGAAGGACGCAAGAUGCUUUUACAGUUGCUAUAGGUAUACUUGGUGUGUCUUCUUGCAUCAGUUAGGAAUGUUUUGAUGGUAAAUUCUGUCAUAAUAGAUUUCUAUUUUCCUAACCUGAGAUUUUACAAGGAAGGUUUUAGGAUGGUAUUUGAAUGAGCCCUAAUUUGAAAAUUACUGACCUUGAUCCUCCUGGUAUAAAUCAAGGAAAUCACCUUGCUCUUGGCAAUACGCAGUGGCCUGAAAGAGAAAAUGCACUUCCUCAAGGUGAGUGAAUCAUGCCUUUUCCACAGCUCAGAUCAGACCCUUUAUUUUUCAGACUACAAGGCCUGCUUGUUGGAGAGUCUGAGGAAUAGUUAUGAUCCGUGGUAUUCAGUUGGUUCCGUUAUUAACAUGUAUGAUUUUUAAACAUCAAAACUUAAAAUAUCAGAUAAUGUUGCAUGUUUUAAAAACAUUUCAUCCCUUUGGCUACCCAGAACCAGCACUAUUUAAGACAUUGCUUAUUUACAAAGUGAGGAUAAUGAUCAUGUAUGUACAUAUUCAGACAUCAAAAUUUAAUGACACUCUGUUUUUGAGAAGGGAAGACAAUGCUGGAGAAAGUAAAACUAUGCUGAAUGAAAUGCUGACAAAGUUGGAGAAAGAAAUUUGAAGACAGUGGAAUAAACUAUGAAUUGUGCUAAUGAUAAUUAGAUUUUUUUGUUGUUUAGUAUAGUAGUACACUGUGCAGUAUCUUACUGAGGAUCUAAUUCUGUCUUGUAAAAUCAAUCCAAUUGUGUAUUGUGAAACACCUGUAUAAAACCAUUCUUGAAACAAGUGAUCUACAUGCCUUUUUUUUUUAAUGUUUUUGGUAGAAUUAUUUUAAAAUAUGUUUAGCCAAACCCUUCCCAAACUUAACUCUUUUUUUAAAGGAAAACAAAUAGGUAAGAAAGCGAUAGUUCUAUAUCUUAGCCCUCUGAGAACUCUAGGCUGUCUGCAUUUUGCAGCCACUUUUGUCAUUUGAUAUUUAUUAUUGGUAUACUUAUGCUUUGACUUGUAACUCUUCCUUAAUAGCAUUAUAAAUUCAGUCAACUUCUCUGACCUGCUCAGUAAUUGUCACACACAUAUAUAUAUAUAUCUGGAUGAACUAGAGGCCCAGGUGGGUGCUUUCAUUUGUAAAUCAUGUGAAACUUAAGUGGGUUUUAUGCUCUCAACAGAGUUGGUUAAACUGAACUCUUGAGUUUAGGUAACUGUUUAACUCAAAGGAUGGGCAGCAAAUCCAUCCCCUCAACUGAUGAAGGAGGGGGAACAUUUUCACAUAAGAACUGACACUGACAACGUAGCUUUUUUCAGUCCACUGUGGAUUGCUCUAGUAGGCCACAGCCCAACUACCUUAAGGUUCUUUGCUGUGGGAACUUUAAAUAUAAACAAACCAAAAAGCAGACCAUUCGCAAGCUUUGGUCUUGCUUGUUUCUGAGAAGGGUUCUAUUUCAUUAUACUAAUGGUUGAUUAAUAAUUGGUAACUGUGAGAACUUAGGUAUGAAAGCAUUGUUUGAAGUAAAAUACGAUUUGGGGGCAACAGCUUCCUAAAUACCAACUCUGUAUUUGAUAAGUGUUUUGAAACUUAAAAUUUCAAGGGAGCAACAACACCCUGUUAAGUGUUUCCACCAUAGUUGAGGCAGCUACUUUAUGAAUAAGAUGACUUUAGAUUGUUCAAGUGGAAGCAUUUUUUUUUUGUUUGGAAUGGGGUGGGGUGAGGGGUGAGUUGCUAGACCUUGGAUUACAGUUUGCUGGUUUAGAAGCAGUCAGUCAGUGGUUGAACUAGUGAGUAGAUGGAUGAAAGUAUAAAGGACUUGUUUUAUGGUAGAUUUUCUGUAAAAAUCUUAAAUGUUCCUUUUCAGGCUAGCCAGAUGUGUCAAUGCACAGAUGACUAUUCUGUUUUCUCACUGACUAUACUAUAACAAACAUUAAAAGGGGUUAAAGAAAACAAAACUCUGCCUUUUGCUCUAUGAAAAGUUUUUAGUCCAGAAGAUUUUAAGCUAUGUGUUCAUUCCUACUAUGAAAAUGCAUAGCUUUGUUCUGGAUAUCAUCUCUUGAAAGUAGAAAGCUCCUAUUAUGUUUGUCACAUUGCAGGGCUUUCUCAUACAUUUCUGGCAGACUUGCCCAAACCUUCAUAUGGGCUGGGUUGUACAAUAUCCCCUGCCCCAAAUGUGGGAUCUGAACUAAGCACUACACUGAUAGUGGUGAUAUAUUAAUUUUUAAAACUGUAAAGUAAAUGUCUCUAGUCCUAGGUUUGUGGUGUGUGCCUUUGUGUUAAUGUGUAGGGAAGGGGCAGUGACUUGAUGGUUAUGGGGAGUGUAUCUUGAUGUGUGUGCAGGGCUGAGUAUUGCUAAAUUAUUAACAGCUUUUUAUUUAGGGGUGAGUCAUGUGAUGAAUGGCCUAAUCAGAAAAAUGAAGGAGCGAAGAUGCAAGCUUGCCAAGUGAUGAAGUGAACAAGGUUUUGUAUCAAAUUUUUUAUCAGGUGUUGUAAAAUUUGUGCAUGGCUUUUUUUGUUGUUGCUUAGUAACUGGUAGAGGAGAAAAGAUGAGGAAAAAUACUCAGCUUUCCUAACCAAUCUUUUCAGAGGUACAUAGUUGGGGAGUAAAAUCCGACUGGCCUAAUCUAUUGAAAAAGAUCCUGUCCUUUAUAAUAUUUACCCCAUCCUGCAGUCCUCCAUGUAGAGGAACUACAUUGUUGUAUUCUAGUAAUUCACUGUGAUUUAUAACAAACCAGUGAUGUCAUUCUGUUGUGCACUUUUGUCAAACCAUUUAUGUGACUUUAAUAAACAUAGUAAACUUGCUGACUGCA